GGGGCGUGAAUCCCGCAUCGCGCGCACCGCACCUUAUUCUUGGCCAAGAAACGCCCCCGUCUGAAUGGGCCCAGCAUAUAAAUAUAUUCGGUCAUCGUUGUCUGCUCCACACUAACCAUCCGCCAUGUGGACUGUCCUGAGCCAUUUGUUACUCCUUUGGGCUACCGCAGUAGCCUCAGGAUCCACUGCGGACUUUAUCAGCAGCAUGGCCAAGGAGUCUUCGCUGGCGAUGCUAAUCAUCCGCUAUGACUACUGUCCAGACGCCUGGCUAGCUGAACUACUCGCGUCGCUCUCCCUCCCAGUGGUGCUGCAGGCCAGCAGUGCUCAGCCUCCGCGCGAGGAGUUUUCCCGUGCACUGCACAUUAUGUGCCUGCCCGGGGCUGGUGAUGGGCAGCAUGAGGAGGAACUAGUGCAAGCUCUUGCCACUUCGCUGGAUGACAGACGCAGCGAGAAGUGUUUAAUAUAUCUGGCCAAUAAAUUUCCCCAUCUCGCUGCAAUAAACCAAGUGCUGCGACACUGCUACGAACUGAAAAUGCUCAACGUGGUUGGGCUAAGGGCGGCCGAUGAGCAGCGCUUCUACUACCGCUACCUUCCAUAUCCCGGGUUCAGGAUAGAGCAGCGUUCGUUGCAGUCGUCGCCCAUCUUCGACCUGCUCUUUCCCAACAUGCGGGGUGAGCCGCUGAUUGUAAUGCCCGACCAAUGGCACCCACGUUCCGUUGUCUAUGUGGACAGACAUACGGGGAAAAAGGUUCUCGCUGGAUCUGUUGGACGAUUUGUCCGCACCCUGGUCUGGAAACUGAAUGCUACCAUGCAGUACGCCCAGGCUGUUACCCCGGGUCGCUUUCUCCACGCGAAUGCCUUGCAAGAUCUUGUAAACCGGUUCCCCAUCGAUGUGCCGGCCAGUAUUUCCUUGAUAAGCCAGGCGGAACAAUUGCCUCACAUUAGUUAUCCCUUUGAGUUGACCCACGUGUGCCUGAUGAUUCCCGUGGCAAAUGAGAUUCCUGUGCGCGACAUCUACCGUCUCCUGAGCAGCGCUAAAAACGUUAUCAUUGCUGUUGCCAUUGUUUACGCCUAUGGCCUGGUGCUCACCUUCCAAAGGCGCCUGGAUGACCGGGAAGUGUACAUUGUGGACUUCCUGCUUAACGACAGAGCUCUGCGCGGAGUCCUUGGACAGUCCUUCAAGAUAACUAGCCAAGAGAACGGCUCCUCCUGCAAGUGGAUCUACGUAAUGCUUGGCAUUAUUGGCCUGAACAUCAGCUGCAUCUUCGAAGCGGCCCUAGAAACGAUGCUGGCCCACCCACCGAGGCAAUUCCAGCCACGCAGCAUCGCUGAUGUCAGACGUGCCCGUCUGCCCCUUGUCGCCGUUGAAGAAGAUCUAGAUUCUAUCGCCGAUCUCCAUCUUCCCGUUCUGACCGUCAAUGCCAGUGAGUACAACAGGCUGCGAGAUGACGCGAAUGCCAGCUACGUCUACCUCGCCUCGCGGCUCCACUGGACCCUAUUCGAGAACCAGCAAAAGUACUUUUCGCGAGAGCUUUUCAUCUACUCCAAGGACGCCUGCCUGAUGUCGCUGGCACUGCUCACCUUUAAGCUGCCCAAGAACUCCUGGUUUGAGGCGCCCAUCAGCAAACUCAUUCUGGAGGCGAGGGCCAACGGCCUCUAUCAGUAUUGGGUGGGGAUGCACCACUACGACAUGUCUAUCGCCGGUGUCGCCAGCUUGCGGGAUCUCAGCCUGGAUCAGAUUCAUCGGGAGGCUCAUCAAACUGGCACUGCCUUGCGGCUAAUUGAUCUGCAAUGGAUUUGGCUAGCAUAUGGACUUCUGACUCUGAUGGCCGUGCUUCUAUUCAUCCUCGAGAUCGGUUGCCAGCGUGCUGCUCUAAAACAAUAGUGCUUACAAAUCGAUUCUU